AAGAUGCCCCACUGACCAUGGUCCUUUCAAUAAUUUCCCAGUCUGUGAUGGAGGAACAAAAGGGUGUCCAGGGGACUCAACCUCAGGUGGGUCCUUGUGCUUACCUUCCUAACCCAGCGUCCUGGCAGUCAGCUGCAGCCUGGGCAGGGGGAUCCUGGGGGCCUGACAGGCGAGGGGCCAGGGUUAAAAAAGGAACAGGGAGUCCCUUGGUGUGGAUAGGAGCUUCGAGGACAGCAUCCCUCAUUUGUGAACAUACCUGCUAGGGUGGUGGUGGGGGUCCUGGGUGCCGUCAGCACUGCUGACAGCGCCCCUUCCCCAAAAUGGGGAGAGCCUGACCCUCUGGGGAUUGGAGAAAGAUACCCCAGCCCACCCCAUCUCCCUUCACAUCACUGGCCCAAUUAUGCUCACAUCCACAGGCACACACAUGCAGGGUAAAGAGCUUUCCAGUGUUGCUUUCUCUCCCAGCUACACCAAGAGGCAGCAAAAUCAGCUCCACUUGCCAGGAGAAUGAAUUGAGGGGCUGAGGCUCAGGCCACAGCCUGGAGUCAGAGCCUCAGGAGCUGCUGGGAAAGCCUGAAGUGUCCCCACCAGGCUGGUGCGGGGCAGAGUGGGAGAGCUGUGGCUUCCCAAAGACCUGUUGGUGGAGUAAUCCCCCAAAGGAGGGCCUUUUCCCAGGUGUGCGGGGCGGCGUGGGGGGGGGGGGGGGAGACACCUAUACAAGAGAGCCUAUGGUCUUUGGGAGGUCCCGGGCCCACAACAGAAGGGAAAUACACCCUCCCCACCCCAGCCUCAAAAGUCAAGGGCACUGGGAUUCAAAGUGCCCUCCCCUUUCAUUUCCAUCCUUACCUGGUGGCCUUGGCAUGUCACUCCUGGCCCCCAGCCUGUUUCCUCCUCUUUAAGUGGGCAUAAUAGCGCCUCCCCCCAGUUAAUUGGGGGAGUCUGUUUAAAGUGUUUUGCUCCGGUAAAUGCCAGCGAUUGUUGCUGGAACACAGCCACGGCCCUGGGAUCAGAGCAUGUGCCUGGUGAUCUCAGACCUCUGUCUUCUCUGCUGGUGGCCCUGCCUGGACACCGCCCCCUCUGACCCUCUCUGCAGUGGCCUGCCAGAGAGCCCACAAGACUUAGCCACGCCCCUAAGCCCACCCCACUAAUAAACAGCUGCCUAGCCUGCCCCACAGUUCUCUGGCACUUUCCAGUCCUCUGGAGUCACAGUGGCUGCUGCACCAUGCGGUCCCCAGGCUUUGCACUCGCCUUCCUCACCGUGCCACUGGUGGUGUGCGGGGACUCAGAGGGUGAGCACCUGGACCCUGCCCAUCUCGAAUUCUACCCUUCUCGAAUCUACCCUCCCUUGCAGCUCCCCCUUCUCCCUGUAAAGCUCUGCCACUGGGGGGUUUCUUUGGGGGAGGAGAUGUUGGGGUCUUAGGAGAGGAGGAGCCCCAUUCUUGCAUGGAGCUCAGAGAGAGCCCAGAUUGCUGUCCCUCAUCUCAGUUCCCUGUCCACUGUCCGCAGGCACCUGGUGCUACGACUCCCAGGACCCAAAGUGUGGUGAGGACAGAGUGUCAUGUGAGGCUAUAUGGUAUCAGUCUUUGUCCUGUGGCCACUAGACACUCUGAUGCUAGCAUGAACCAAAAGCAGUGUGCAUGCCAAGCUUCUCUGGUUUCUGCAGGCCCCACCCACUGGAAGGAGAUGGCCCCUGCCUGUGGGGGCCCAGCCCAGUCCCCCAUCAACAUUGACCUUCACUUGGUUCAGCGGGACCCCACCCUGGGACCCUUCAUCUUACAGGGCUACAACACAGCACCUCCAGGCCCGUGGACCCUGGAGAAUGAUGGCCAUACAGUGCUGCUCCACAUAGACGCUGGCCCACAGAGCCACCUGGAGAUUCGGGGCGCCGGGCUGCCACUGCCUGCCUACCGUGCACUGCAGCUGCACUUCCACUGGGGGGGCCCUGGUCGAGCAGGUUCAGAGCACAGCCUGGAUGGGCAGCACCGCCCCAUGGAGAUGCACGUGGUCCACAUGAACACGAGGUACCAGAGCAUGGGGGAAGCUCGAGGUCACCCCGAUGGGCUGGCUGUGCUGGCGGUGCUGUUAGUGCCCCCUCCCCAGGAGCAGGACACUGACAACGCCAACUUCUCCGUCCUGGUAUCCAGCCUGAAGAAUGUGUCUGAGCGCGGAGUCUCUGUGAAUCUGGCCUCCACCUUCCCGCUGGCCUCGCUGCUGCCGGGCGCCUCAGGCCUCUUGCGCUACUACCGCUACUCGGGGUCGCUAACCACGCCUGGCUGCCAGCCUGCGGUUGUCUGGACUGUCUUCGAGGACGCGGUACCCAUUGGGCGCUCACAGGUGGGGCCCCCACCCUUUCCACUGGGCAGCUCUGCCCUCUUCCCUCCCUCCCGCAGCCCCGGCCCACGUCUUAACCUGUCUCUGCUCCGAGCCCUCAGGUGGCCCAGUUCCAGACCAUGCUCCAGGCUGGGCUCCCCGGCUCUCACCCUGCACUGCUCACCGAGAACUUCCGCCCGCAGCAGCCUCUCGGGGGUCGCAGGGUCUCGGCCUCUCCAGGUGCCUCCAUCCGCGCAGCAGCCUCAGCGCCCGCCCCAACCCUAGCCCGUGUGCAGGCGGCUCUGCUGGGCCUGUGGCUCUGGCAGAGCCCCUAAGAACCAGAUUCGACCCCUUCCCGCAAUAAACGAUACACAGAGUGA